GGCUGAAAUGGGGAGGAGUCUGACAAAGAGUUCAGCUUAGGACAGACUGAAGGACAAACGGGGAGGAGAAAGAACUGGUUUGAUAUAAAAAUAAGAGGACAAUAACGAAUACUGAGCACCAUCUACCUGAGGAACAAUGUCGGCCGCCUUAGCCGCUCGCCGGGUGCUUGCUGCUGCGUCACAUUCAGGCAAUGAAGGAGGAGCAAAGACCUGGAAGAUACUGACCAUCGUCUUGGCCUUUCCUGGGGUUAGUGUCUGCAUAGCCAAUGCUUACAUGAAGGCCCAGGCGCACUCACAUGAACAGCUCGAAUUUGUGCCAUAUUCUCACCUGCGUAUCCGCACCAAGAAAUUUCCCUGGGGAGAUGGAAACCACAGUCUGUUCCACAACCCGCACACCAACCCUCUGCCUGACGGCUACGAGAGCUCCCAUCACUGAAAGGAUCGGCUACUUGGUUUAAUUAAAACGGCUGAGGGGCCAAGUAGACAGCCAGGAAUAAAACCACUUUGUGCUGUAUUA